CGCAAUCAAUACACAAAACCAGCGCAUGCGUUCUCUGUUCUGCGGCAGAUUGUCUCGACUGCAUUCCAUCAGCUGAGAAGAUUACAUAACCAUAAGAUGUCAGAUGUUUUUGUCGCCCUCCCACCCAUAACAAAGAACUGUGUUAUAUUCGGUAAAAAUGCCAACUUACCGCCAACGGACGUACAGCAAGUGAUCUACUGCGCUGCUGCAGACCAUACAACCGGAAGUAAAGUCAAGACCACACAUUUAGAGAUAGAACAACCUCCACACACCUAUGCUGUUAUUCUCAGUCAGUCUGUGGGAUCAUGGGGAGCGGAAAUGGGCGCCAACGAUCAGGGAGUCUGCGCAGGAUACACUUCCGUCUUUACAAAACUUUCGGGCACAACAAGCAAAGUCCUCACUCCAUCAGACCUGACAAGGUUGAUUUUAGAGAGAUCUAGCUCAGCUAAGAAGGGCAUGGACGUUAUAACGUCAUUGGUUGACCAGUAUGGACAAGGUGGGACGUUAGACUCUCAGAAUCCAUUACUUUACUGCGGGGCUUUCCUCAUCACAGAUAGAAACGAGGCUUGGGUUGUGGAAUGUGCCGGAAAAUUCUGGGUCGCAAAACAAAUAACUGAAGGUGCGUACAGUAUAUCAAGUUGUCUGUCCAUUUCUACGGAAUAUGACCUGACGUCAUCAAAUUUACAAGAAGAAAGUGUGGCAUUAGGACACUGGUCUCAAGAAAAGGGCCCUGUAGAUUUUACGUUGGCUUUUGGAGCAGAAUUUACCACAAGUCUCGGUUGUGUAGAUCCGGUAACACGGCGCAGGACAGGAUGUGAUCUUCUGAAUAACAGCGCAGAUCAAGGAUCAUUUUCUGUGAUGAACAUGUUUGACAUUUUGAGAAAUAAAACAAGCGGAAUCAAUAUGAACGGUCACCUGAUAACAACCGGAAGUCACGUGUCUGUCUUGUCGUCUGCUGGAUUACCGGACUGUCAUUGGUUCACUGCUACACCUGAUCCAAGUUUAUCUGUAUUUAAACCUUUUCUGUUUUCUCACAAUGUUAACAUAGGUGAUACAACUCAGUCUCUUUCAAAUAAUGACAAACGUCACAUCCUGUAUAAAUAUCACGAGAAAGCGCGGGAAUUUAUGUCCAGCGGAACACAGAAAGGGGAGGAUUUAGUUCAGUUCAUGAGAAGUUUGGAGGAAAGAUGUGUUUCAGAAAUGGAUCAAUUCUGUCAAAAAUUUUCUCCCGAAAAUAUGUCAGACAUUGAAGAACUAUUUAAAGACAUGUGUGAGUCUGAGGUCAAGUUUUAUCUGUGAAUUUGAAGUCAAGUUAUAUCUGUGAGUUUACAAGUGCAGUAAAUAUGCUGAGGAUAUUGUGUUGUCAUUAUGUCAAAGCUGACAAUUUCCAAAAAAAAUUGCUUCGGUCCUUAUCAUGAACAUUAAAACAUGUGCUUUAAAAGUAACUACUUUUACUUUGCAAAAAAGCUAGUUUCUGGUUCGUUUGCAACGGUGUUUUUAAACAAAUAGAAUGCAAAUUCAUCUAGUUUUGCAAAGAUUAGUACUUUUCUUCACAUAACAAGGAAACUGGUUGCUUGACAUAUCUAGAAAAUUACAAAAGAAUUUGAAAUUUCAGUACAGUUUUGGUUUAUAUAUUUAGUUUCAAACUAACACUUUUCAGUACUAUGUUACAUUCAACACGAUAUUUUAAGAUUCCUGCUUGAAAAUAAUUCAAAAAAUAAAAUUAUAUGUAUGAACA